AUCGUCAUUGCCAUUGUUCACCCAUGGCUUCUAAUUCCAGGCAACAACUCCACAACUCUAGAAGCUACCUACAGAGGAAGGCAACUGGUACCCUGAACCCUUUAACUUAAUUUUCGUAUGCAGUACUUAAAUAAACUCCGUUCAUCAUGCGUCCGCACUUAACUUUUACAUGAGUGUUCCUUUUCCUUUCACAUCAUUGAAUUAAGUUGCGUUUCUAUCCCUAGUCCCCCGAGUCUUCCGACAUCAUGGGUGUUAACGGCCUCUGGACCGUGGUCCAACCCUGCGCGCGACCCACGAACCUCGCAACUCUCAACCGAAAGCGGCUCGCCGUCGAUGCCUCCAUCUGGAUCUACCAGUUCCUCAAAGCCGUGCGCGACAAGGAGGGUAACGCCUUGCGCAACUCCCACGUUGUAGGCUUCUUCCGCCGCAUAUGCAAGCUACUAUGGUUCGGUAUCCGCCCCGUGUUCGUGUUCGACGGCGGCGCACCCGCGUUGAAGAGACAGACUAUUAAGAGUCGGAAACAGAGGAGAGAGGGCAGAAGGGAGGAUGCGGCGAGGACUGCGGGUAAAUUGCUCGCGGUACAGAUGCAGAGGAUGAUCGAAGAGGAAGAUGAAAAGAGGAAGCGGAGAAAAGAGCAAAGAGAAACAGAGAGGGAAGAGCCCGUGGAAGAGAUUCCCGAUGCGGAUAAGUUGGUCUACGUGGAUGAGCUGGGGAUGAGCCAGACCGAACGACAAAAAAGCAGGAAGUUCUUCAAGCAGGAUGCAUACCACUUACCUGACCUGAACAACAGCAUCCAGGGCAUGGGUCAGCCGGAUGACCCACGUAUCAUGAGUAUCGAGGAGCUAGAAGAAUACGCGAGACAAUUUAACAGCGGCGAGGAUAUCAACGUCUACGAUUUCAGCAAGAUCGAUUUCGAGGGCGAGUUUUUCAAAAGCUUGCCACCUGUCGAUAGGUAUAAUAUUCUAAAUGCUGCUAGAAUACGUAGUCGGUUGAGGAUGGGUUUAAGCAAGGAACAAUUAGACGGCAUGUUUCCAGAUAGGAUGGCGUUCUCGCGGUUCCAGAUCGAAAGAGUGCGAGAGCGAAAUCAUUUGACGCAGAGGCUUAUGCAGGAAGCUGGUAUGACGGGAACUGAUCUCACUCUGGCCAAGAACGCGCGAAUAGCUGGAGAAAAGGAUCGCGAAUACAUCCUCGUCAAGAAUGAUGGGGCUGAAGGUGGAUGGGCCCUUGGUGUUAUCAGUAAAGAGAGGGAUCAUGGUGAGAUACAUAAGCCUAUCGACGUGGAUAAUCUGGAUUUUCAAUACCAGAAUAAGGAAGAGGACGACGAGUGGGAGGACGAAGACGAUUUUGAGGAUGUUCCUAUCGAAGGUAUAAACCGCUUGCCGAAAGUCCGAGCAGAGUCUCAAGCUGUCGUCGACGAGGAUGAAGACUCGUUGUUUGUCGGAGGAAACACCACAAACGGCAUUGAUGAUCUUUUUGAGACACAGAAUGAGGAGAGAAAUCCUCUCGUGGAUGAUGAGGAAGAGGAUCUUAACCGAGCUAUUGCACUGUCUCUUAGGAAUCAACAUGGUGCAACUUCACCAGGACAACAAGAGAUGGAGGAAGAGGAGGAAGCAUUUGAAGAUGUUCUAGCCCCUGAAUGGACACAAAAAGCCGUUGAGCAAUCAAAGCCGAUUGCCACUACAAGUGGCAGCAUGAUUGCACACAUCGUGAACAAUAGGGCCAACGCGGCUGUGUCGAAGCCUGCGCCCAAGCCCGUGCCUAAGCCCGUGCCAGAACGACGAAACAGCAACGAGAGUAGCGAUAGCGAAGUUGAUCUACGAGCAGCCUUAUCAAAGAGGAAGAAGAAGGCUCCGAUCUUCAAACAACCAGUUGUACCUGCUGUCCCUAAUGUGAAAAAUCCGUUUGAUGGGCCUUUGCCGUUUGAGAAAUUAGACUGGAGAUCUAGCAUUUUCGCAAAAAAGGAUAAGCAGAUUCCCACGAGAGUUGCCGAGAAGGAUGUUAAUAUGGAACCAAAUUCUGACGAUGAACUUGCUGGCGGGUUUGUGCGGGACGACGACGAAAGUAAAAUAGUGGAUCGUAAAGCGCAAGAGUCUGUAAAUCAUGAAAGGGAGGAAGCCCGCCCCCUCCCGCCAUGGAUGAUGCAAAAUGAGUCCGACAUCCGCGACUCUCUCAGAGCCCAAAGAGCGAUUGAGAGUGAAAUUAAUGAGCAAGAUCGAGAAGCCGCAUUUGAAGAGGAGAAGCGACGACGUAAAGAGGCGAUAAUUGAGAUCGAAUCUUCCGAUGACGAAAGUGAUAUUCAGAUCAUUGAAGCACCCCAACCGCCUCGUCAGAAAAGUCCCCCACGUGGAGAAGACCGAAGUACACCACGGCUGUCUCCUGCUACUACAGCAAGAAUUAAUCCUCCAAUUGCUGAUGAGGAAGAUCAAAUCGAGGAUACACGACACGCAGAUGCUAUACAAGAGCAGACUACUUCUCAAGUUGAGGCAAUGGAUGACGCUGUACAUGCAAAAUCUCCGUCCAAAUCGGCGUCGCCAGAACCAGACUUCGAAGAAGUUGAGAUAAUGCAACCUCCAGAUGAGCCUACCCACACCGUCAAUGACACCGUUACCCAAGCAGAGUCCCCAGAGCCGGUAUUCGAAGAUGUGGAUGCUCCUGAACCAGAAGUAGUCAAGCAACCCGAUGCAUCAGAAAAUGUAGCCGAAGAUGAUGGUAAUGAGAUGAUUUUCGGUGACGACUUCGAUGAUAAUGAAUUCAGUGAUCCCGAGGAAGAAGAGCUACUAGUUCAAAUGGCGGAAGAAGCACAAGAACAUGCGCGCUUCGCCAGUCAGCUAAACCAUAAAUCUGAGAAAGAAAACCAGGAAGCUUACGAACGAGAACUCAAAGCGUUACGGUCACAGCAGAAGAAGGACCGGAGAGAUGCAGAUGAGGUCACCCAGGUUAUGAUAACUGAAUGCCAGGCGCUAUUGCGAUUUUUCGGUAUUCCUUACGUAACCGCGCCAAUGGAAGCUGAAGCUCAAUGUGCCGAGCUGGUCCGACUUGGCCUAGUUGACGGCAUAGUCACAGACGAUUCAGACACCUUCCUCUUUGGCGGUACUCGAGUAUACAAAAACAUGUUCAAUAGUAACAAAUUUGUUGAGUGUUAUCUCGGGUCCGAUCUCGAAAAGGAACUCUCUCUUUCUCGCGAACAGUUAAUCUCACUGGCCCAAUUGCUAGGCUCUGAUUACACGGAAGGCCUUCCAGGAGUCGGACCCGUCACCGCCGUAGAGAUCCUUUCCGAGUUCCCCGGUAGAGAUGGGCUAGCAGAUUUCAAAGAAUGGUGGCAGGACGUCCAAAUUAACGGCCGACCCAAGGAAGCGGACCAAAAGUCGGUGUUUCGGAGGAAAUUCCGGAAGUCGCAAGGUACAAAGCUGUUCCUUCCUCCCGGGUUCCCGAGCCCGGCCGUGUUCGAGGCGUACCUGCACCCCGAAGUCGACUCCGACGCAGAACAAUUCCAGUGGGGCGUUCCGGACGUGGCAGGCCUGCGUCAGUUCCUAAUGAGUACGAUUGGGUGGAGUGAGGAUCGCACUGAUGAGGUCUUGGUGCCGGUCAUAAGGGAUAUGAACCGUCGUGAGGCAGAGGGCACGCAAAGUAAUAUCACUAGAUUUUUUGAAGGUAGUGUUGGUGUGGGGGCCAAGGAGGCAUUUGCCCCGAGGCAGAGGGUUCAAGGGAGUAAGCGGAUGGCACAGGCGGUCAAUAAGCUCCGCGCGAAGGCUGUGGUUGAUGGUAUUCCAGCCGCAGCAGAAGAAGGUGAUGAUGCUACUCCUGAGAACGAGAGCCUUGCUCCACCAUCAAGACGGCGGAAGAGGAAGGCUACGAACACGAUUACGAUUGACGACGACGACGAUGACUACGUUGAUGGUGAGGCCAAUGGCGAGGAUAAAGACGCGGAUAACGGAAACGGCGUUCGGAAGGCAACGAGCAAGCAAAAGGGCAAGGGCGUGAAAAGGGGAAAGAGAUCUAAGGCUUCUGCAUGAAUCCCUUAGUUGAGAUAUAUCAUCAUAUGCGUAGAAUUGGCUAUUACGUGCAUUGGGGAUGAAUUUGGGAGUCUUGUGGGUUGGAACUACGAGACAUUGUGUAUCCUACUAGGUGAAUUGAGUACAUCAAUUUACGGAAAUUUACUCCGAUGAUAUCGAAGCGCUACUAAGGUAGAGGUGUAUUUUGUGUCGGAUAUAUUGACUGUCGCUAUUGCUACAGACAAGAGUAAUAUCACUGAUUCAACGAUCUAGG